AUGUGCUCCCGCACGCCGUUCGCGCCCGCCCGUCGUGCCUCCCGUGCCCCGCGUCCGCUCGCCGCGCCCUGCUCCUCCCUACAUCACCCGCCUCGCUCACCCGCGUUCCUCGCCGCAGCCCCGCUGCUCCUGCCGCCGCACCCCGCGCCCGUCGAUGCUCCCCGCGACCAGCCGGCGCCCUGCUGCUGCACUUGCUAUGUCGCGACCGCGCCCGUCCCUCGCAUCGCCGACGCGGUGCCGCCACCAGCCACCACUGCCCGCCGGUGCCCCGCUGCUGUACGGGGCCCCACGAGCUCCCCCCGUCCCGCACCUACGCGGCCACCCCCGUACCCGCUCGCCACCCGGCUCACCUCCGCCCCGCGCCUCCUGCUACAGCCACCCGCCGCCGCGCAGCUCGCCGCUCCGGCGCCCUGA